UUCACUGCUAUGGCUAGCACUACUAUUACUAGUACUGCUACCAAUUUCGAAACUAGUAAUAGUACACCUACUACUACUACUACUAACACCAGAAACAGUACUAACAUCUUCUUCUCUUACUAUUUCAACUCUUUCUUACAAACACCUCACAGGCUCAGGAGGAGAAUGUUAGCUACUUGGACUCCUGACCAAGAGCUGAACCAAGUGCGCGAAAGAUCUGGGGCUGACAUGAAAAGGAAGCUCAAAUGGUAUGAUCUAAUGGCCCUUGGUGUAGGUGGAAUGCUUGGCGUCGGAGUCUUUGUCACCACCGGCCAAGUUACCAAUAACUAUUCUGGCCCCGCCGUCUUCAUAUCUUACAUCGUUGCUGGUAUAGCUGCUCUUCUUUCUUCCUUGUGUUACACCGAGUUCUCUGUCCAAAUCCCAGUUGCUGGUGGUGCCUUUAGUUAUCUAAGAUUGACCUUUGGAGAGUAUAUGGGGUAUUUUGCUGGGGCAAAUAUAUUGAUGGAGUAUGUAUUGUCAAACGCUGCUGUGGCAAGAAGUUUCACUGAGUAUCUGUCGAUUACAUUCGGAGAAAAGCCAGAUGGUUGGAGAAUAGCAGUAAAGGGAUUAAUGACCGGCUAUGAUAAGUUGGAUUUCACGGCUGUUGCUCUUAUUCUCAUUCUCACUCUCUGCCUAUGCCACAGCACAAAGGAAAGUUGCAUGUUGAACUUGGUCAUGACCGUGUUUCAUGUGAUUUUUUUUGGAUUCAUAAUUAUUGCGGGCUUUUCGAAAGGGAGUUUGGACAACUUGGUCAAGCCUGAUGGAUUAGCUCCUCAUGGCAUUAGAAGCGUUGUAGAUGGAGCAGCAAUAGUCUACUUCGGCUAUAUAGGCUAUGACUCAGCUUCAACCAUGGCAGAAGAGAUCCAAAACCCUUCAAAGAGCCUUCCAAUUGGCAUAGUUGGCUCAGUUGUCAUUACCUCUAUCAUUUAUUGCCUAAUGAGCUUGUCUUUGUGUCUAAUGGUUCCUUAUGUUGAGAUAAAAGAAAAAGCAUCAUUUUCAAUGGCUUUUCAAAGCAUCGGAUGGAAUUGGGCUGGGAAUGUUGUAGGAGCAGGAGCAAGCCUGGGAAUUGUGGCUUCACUUUUGGUGGCCAUGUUAGGCCAAGCCAGGUACCUUUGUGUCAUUGGAAGGGCUCGGUUGGUACCGUCCUGGUUAGCCAAGGUGCACCCUUCAACAGGCACCCCCAUGAAUGCCACACUAUUUUUGGGAUUUUGCACAGCGUCGAUAGCCCUCUUCACAGACUUCGACAUAGUGGUCCAAAUGAUCUCCAUUGGCACGCUGGUGGUAUUCUACCUAGUAGCCAAUGCUCUCAUCUACCGUCGAUAUGUCAUCAUUGGAAACAACUCGUCAUCUCAAAUCCUCUUCUUUCUCUUCCUCCUCUCAAUGACAGCCAUGGGAUUUUCUUUCUCUUGGAAAAACCAGCACCAAUAUCACUGGUGGGGUCUACUGCUUUUUGGUGGUUCCAACCUCACCAUAGUAGCCCUAUUCCAGUACUACGUGAAGGUGCCAUGCGUGGCUUCCUUUGGGUGGGCAGUGCCGUACAUGCCUUGGCCUCCAGCCCUAUCUAUUUUCCUCAAUGCCUUUCUUAUGACCACUCUCAAGAAGCUCUCCUUCCAGAGGUUCGGGAUAUGGACAAUUCUCAUAACUUUGUUCUAUAUGCUCUAUGGGGUCCACCGGACUUAUCAAGCUGAGGAGACUGAGAUGGUAAGUACUGUAAUACUUGAUCGUGAUAGUGACCAAGUCAUGGCUAUCUCCUCUGUUCACCAAACUAAUAAUAAGUUGGACAAUAUUCAAGUUAUGUCUGUAAUUAGCCAAGUUUGAGUCUUGUUGAUCAUAUAAUGUUUUUGCUUUCAUUAUUACUACUCCCCAAAGUUUAUUUACGUUGUUUGUUUGUUUAUAUAAAGGUUUUGGGGGGUGAUUGUGACAAAUGUAAAUUAAUUUGUGGAGUU